CUUCUUGCCAACGAAGUGCCACAUAGCCAUCUUUAUAGCGGAUGACUCGUUCGGUGCCAAAGCUUCCUCGGUCGCGACUGCAAAUAUCGCACCUUUCUCACCUGUGAUGACAUCCCCAAGACCCCAUCAUAAACAUUUGGAGAAUUAGCAACAUCAACGAGAGUCCUCAAACCCUUGAGAGGCUGUAUCACUGUCCGCGACUGGACUACCUUGCUACAAAGAAAUGCUAGUUUUACCACCGCACCUGACGGCUCGGUUUUCAACGUUUCCUAUCAAUUAUUUUCCGAUCCACCGUCAGCCACGGCUGUCGGCCGUGAAUUCCGCCCCCGCGGAUACCAUAAGCAUUUCUAGCGAACUCUCCUUCUCGCCGUCGAGGACGGCGAAGGAGGGCCAUCCAAACGAGCUUUAUUCCCUUCACAACCACCGCUAUGACUUCACGCCUCUCCUUCGUUUUCUCUCCAGUUCGUCCUCUGACUUGGAGGGCUCUACUCCCACGUCACUUGACCCGACUGAGUUCCAACUCGCUCAAUCUUACCGGGCGGUUCCAGCUCCACUCUGGCGCUCAAUCCUCAAAUCUCUAUGUUCCUCCUCCUCCUCUAUCGGAUUAGCAUGUGCUCUUGUAUCCUGGCUCCACAAGCACAACCUCUGCUACUCCUACGAGCUUCUUUAUUCCAUUCUUAUUCACGCGCUCGGCCGAUCCGAGAAGCUUUACGAGGCCUUCCUGCUUUCUCAGAGGCAAUCUCUCACCCCUUUGACCUACAAUGCCUUAAUUGCUGCUUGUGCGCGAAACUGUGACCUUGAAAAGGCUCUCAAUUUGAUGUCCAGGAUGCGUGCCGAUGGUUACCAACCAGAUUCUGUGAAUUACAGUUCCAUAAUUCAGUCUCUCAUUCGCUCCAACCGAAUAGAUUCCCCCAUAUUGCAGAAGCUUUAUAGGGAGAUUGAAAGCGAUAGUGUUGAGCUUGACGGACAUCUUCUGAAUGAUAUAAUCCUGGGUUUCUCAAAAGCUGGGGAUCCUACCUUGGCCAUGCACUUUCUAGCUAUGGCUCAGGGUAAUGGCUUAAGCGCCAAAUCCGCAACUCUUAAUGCUGUUAUAUUAGCACUCGGAAAUUUGGGCAGAACGGAGGAAGCCGAAGCUCUCUUCGAGGAAAUUAAAGAGAGUGGUUUGGAACCUAGAACACGGGCGUACAAUGCACUUCUAAAAGGAUACGUGAAAACUGGUUGCUUGAAAGAUGCAGAAUUCAUCGUAUCUGAAAUGGAGAAGGGUGGAAUUCGGCCAGACGAGCGUACGUACAGCCUUUUAAUUGAUGCAUAUGUUCAUGCAGGCAGAUGGGAAAGUGCUAGAAUUGUGUUGAAAGAAAUGAAAUCCAGCAAUUUAGAGCCCAAUUCCUACAUUUAUAGUAGGAUUUUAGCAGGUUAUCGUGACAAAGGGGAGUGGCAAAAAUCAUUUCAAGUCCUGAGAGAGAUGAAGAACAGUGGAAUACAACCUGAUAGGCAUUUUUACAAUGUGAUGAUCGAUACUUUUGGGAAAUAUAAUUGUCUGGAUCACGCAAUUACAACCUUUGAACAGAUGAUGUCAGAGGGGAUUCAACCUGACACUGUUACAUGGAAUACGCUGAUAGAUUGUCAUUGCAAGGCGGGGCGCCAUGAUAAAGCAGAGUUGCUGUUCAGGGAAAUGCAGGAGAGUGGUUACUUGCCCUGCGUCAUGACUUAUAACAUCAUGAUUAAUUCCAUGGGGCAACAGGAGAGAUGGGACCAAGUAGGUAACUUACUGGACAGAAUGCAGAGUCAGGGAAUUCUGCCCAAUGUAGUAACAUACACUACCCUCGUUGAUAUAUAUGGGAAGUCAGGAAGAUUUAGUGACGCAAUAGACUGUAUAAAGGUCAUGAAAUCUUCAGGGUUCAAACCAACUGCAACCAUGUAUAAUGCCUUAAUCAACGCUUAUGCGCAGAGGGGUUUGUCUGAACUAGCAGUUAAUGCAUUCAGGGUGAUGACGGCAGAGGGAUUAGCACCCAGUCUUUUAGCUCUCAAUUCAUUGAUUAAUGCAUUUGGUGAAGAUAGAAGGGAUGCCGAAGCCUUUGCUGUACUACAAUACAUGAAAGAAAAUAACUUGCGACCUGAUGUGGUUACAUAUACUACACUUAUGAAAGCUUUGAUUCGUGCUGACAAGUUCCACAAGGUUCCUGCCGUGUAUGAAGAAAUGACAAUGUCCGGGUGCAAUCCAGAUAGAAAAGCUAGAGGAAUGCUGCGAUCUGCCCUUAAAUACAUGAAGCAAACACUGAAAUCAUAGCGAUGAAACAUAUACAUACAGCCAGAGUAUAGUAGAUUUUGCUCACUUGUUCUGCUUUGUCACAUCAUUCUGAGAGGGCGUUGUCGACAUGGCUCAUACUCUGCAAUAAAGGCAACGUUGCCGAAGUGCGAAGUUCAGUCAAAAUGCCAAGAGAGGAAGUCCUCGGCUGCACUUUUCCUCCAUCCUACUCCUUGAAAUGAAACAUGAACGAUAGAUCCCUAGGUUUUUAUGAUAACUGCGGCAACGAAUUAGAAACCGGUGUACUCCUCAGUUCUUGCUAUCAACACUAUAAAUUUAUUACAAUGUAAGUAAACUUUCCAUGUUACAUUUGCAUAUUUCUGUGUUCGGAAUUGGGAUAAAAGUCUUCUGAGUGUUAUGACGUAUAAUACUAUUGUUUUUUGCA